AUGGCUGUCGAUUCUUCCUCCUCCUGUCAGAAACAACAUCAAAUUCAGGAGUUUCGAGAGGGGAAUGGAAACGUACCCGUUGGUUGCUCUUGCUUGAAGUUAAAUAAACCAAAUGUUCAUGAUCUGAACUCACACCUUCCUCUAGAUAUGCCGCCAAUUUUGGUUGAAGAAACUUCGUUUCCAGACGGAUUGCAUGGUUUGCAGGUCCAAGAUGUUUAUAGUAUUUCAGCAGAGGAAGCUGAAAAGGCAAACAGUGUUUCACCACUUGCCUUCUUAAGCGUUGUAGAGGUUCCUAGUCAGGCUAAAAGCGGAAUGUGUUUAGACACUCAUAUUAAUUGUCAAAACAACAUUGAUUUUCAAAUGAAGAGCAAAGAUAUUUAUACCCAGUGCAUAAUUGAUAUACCUACUGUGAAUGGAAACUCAAUUUCCCCUGAAUCCUAUGAAGAGGGUGUUGAAAGUUUUAAAACUGGGAACUCGCCAACAAGCGUACUGUGCAGAGAAUCAAGUCUAAAAGUUGGGGCAAAACUUAUGCAGAGUCUAGCGAGUUUCAACAAUCCAAGAGAUAAACCAGUCACUGAAAAGUUACAUGAUUUGCCAAGUAACAAAUGGAGAAGAUAUAAGCGGUCUACCUCUUUCGAUUCUAGAAAAGUUGCUCUCCUGUUUUCAGUAUUGUCAAGUUUGGGAACAUUGGUAUUGAUAUAUAUGACAUUGAGGGUCAGACAGAAAGCUGAUGGGUUUGUUCUUGGUUAA